CCCGGCGUUGGUCUUUCCCUCGCCGUCCGGGGGCCCGGCGCUCCCUCGGGCCGAGGCCGGCGCGUUUCCAGGCAGGCGCCGCCCGGGCAGCCCCGGGUCGGGGCCUUGGCUCGCGCCUGCGCGGCGGCGGGCGCGGGGGCCUUUCCCGGGGCGUCGCGCGGGGCUCGGGCGGCGGGUCACGGGCGUCAUGUACUACAAAUUCAGCGGCUUCACGCAGAAGCUGGCGGGCGCCUGGGCCGCCGACGCCUACAGCCCCCAGGGUCUGAGGCCCGUGGUCUCCAGGGAGGCGCCGCCCGUCAUCUUCGCGACCCCCACCAAGUUCCCUUCCCAGCUCGCUGCGGAGGACGCGGCGGGGAGGAACCGGGUUCCGGAGCUGCAGCGGUUCUUCCAGAGAGCCGACGGUGUGCCCGUGCACCUCAAGCGGGGCCUGCCUGACCAGAUGCUGUACCGGACCACGCUGGCGCUGACGGUCGGGGGCACCCUCUACUGCCUGGUGGCCCUCUACAUGGCCUCGCAGCCCCGCAGCAAGUGAGCCGAGCCCUGCCAGGAGGCACCAGCCCUUCGGAGUUCCACGUCUUCUCUGAAUCUUUUCCCUUUUUUCUCUCUGGUUUUUGGGCCAUGCCCAGCGGUGCUUAGGGGCUGCUCUGAGCAGGCUCCGGCCCGUGUGAUGCAGGGAUGGGUCCCAGGCCUCCCGCGUGCAGAGCCGGGCCCCAGCCCUCUAACCAUCUCUCGGCCCUGGACGUCUUCUCUGUGAUCCGAACUGUCUACUUUGCCCUUUGUCAGGAAAGAGAAAGCCUGGGAGAUGUUUGGCUCUUGAGUGGGACUUUCUGGGCCUGUCCAGGGUUGCUCAGCGAUUGGAAAGAUUGAAACGUGAAAGGUCCGUGCCGCUUUCCUGGCUGUGUGCUGCAGCCGAGCUGCACGUGGACAUGGGCUGAGGUGCGGGCCUGGCACCGCCAGGAAAGCGCGAGAAGCUGUGUGUGGACCUGAGUCACUGCACAGUUGGUCUGGCGGGAGCUGAGCCCCUCUGGGGUUGCACUUGAAACUGAUGGUUGUGGCCUGCGGUGUGACAGGCUUGUGCCUUUGACUGUGUCCAGGGCUCUCUGAUGAUUUGCUUUGAUUGCGGAAUAAAGACAUGAAUGGAAAAAUCUCAA